AAUGGGCGAGAAGUUUAGGUGAUAUUUAUGGUGUACAAAUGGGUCAACAGUAUUGGAUUAUAUUAACUAGUGAUAAAGUUGUUGGUGAACUUUUACAAAAGCGUGGUGGAAAAUAUUCAACUC